AUUAUCGCGCUCUCCGCCGCCGCGCGCAGAAUGGCUAGAUUCACCCAGACUGAAGCGAGGAGGCAGCAGCAGCAGCAUCCUCAGCAUCCUCAACCUGCCCACGCCAGCCUGCUCCUCACCGGACCGGGGGCGGUACCGAGCCAGGCAGCGGCACCACUGCUCCUGAUCCCGCACCAGCCCCAGUACGCGCACAUCUCCUACCCCAAGCCCAUGAACGGCUCCGAGCCCAUCUCCAUCCACCCCGACAGCGGCACCAUGAAAGACCAGGAUGCCAUCAAGCUCUUUAUAGGACAGAUCCCGCGCAACCUGGAGGAGAAAGACCUGAAACCUCUUUUUGAACAGUUUGGAAAGAUCCACGAACUGACUGUCCUCAAGGACCGAUACACCGGCAUGCACAAAGGCUGUGCGUUUCUCACCUACUGCGCUCGUGAAUCAGCCAUCAAAGCCCAGAAUGCAUUGCAUGAACAGAAGACUCUACCAGGGGUACGUCUCUUUUAAUCUCUCUCUCUAAUGGCGCUUUUGUUUCAUCCAUUUCAAGCAGAAAAGAGUCUUAAGCGUUGAAUGGAGUUCAGUAGCAACUUCAGAUGUGGCUUUUUCUAGUUCGUCUGUGAAUUAUUUGCAACAUGAAACCAAGGUUGUAUUUAUAGAAGAAGCUUAAAGCUGUAGUUCACCCAAAAAUGGUUCUUUGUUCUCUUCUUUUUGAUUUUUUUUCACAAAGAAAUGCCUAGUAACACAUUGAAUAUACGUAUUAUUCAAUUCAGUUCAAUUAAUCUUUAUUUCUAUAGCGCUUUUACAAUGUAGAUUGUGUCAAAGCAGCUUAACAUAGAAGUUCUAGUAAAUUAAAAAUGUUUCCACUGCUGAAAGUCCAAACACUGAAGAGCAAAUCCAUCAAUGCGCAGCUCCACAAGUCCCAAUAAAUGUUUUUUUGAUUAGAAAAAGUGAAAUACUUUUAUUAAAAUAUGGUAUAAUAAUCUUGUGGUCUGUUUACAACUCAAAAAAAAAAAAGAAAAAAAAAGAUAAUUUAAAUAAAUUACUAAUAAAAA